AUGUCUCUUUCACGACACAUCGACCCUGAGGAGUUGCUCAAAACUCUUCAAGAUCACCCAGUUCACAAGGCAGGAGGUCACGCCCACGCCAAUCGCGCUAUUUCCCACUCCACCCCCUACUCCAGUCGGUAUGCCGCCAGUGCUGAGCUUUCCAAGUUCAAGAUCCCCAGUGACGGCGCACCGGCAGAUGUGGUUCAUCAACUUAUCAAAGAUGAGCUUGAUCUGGACGGGCGGCCAAACUUGAACCUGGCUUCCUUUGUUGGAACGUACAUGGAGAAGGAGGCCGAGCAGCUCAUGAUUGAAAACUUGUCGAAGAACAUGAGCGAUGCAGAUGAGUACCCCGCUAUGAUGGACAUACACAUGAGGUGCGUGUCAAUUCUGGCCCAUUUGUGGGGUGUGCAGAAGGGUGAGAAAGCCAUUGGAUCAGCCACGACUGGCUCCAGCGAGGCCAUCCACUUGGGUGGAUUAGCUAUGAAGAGACGCUGGCAAGAGAAGCGUAUGGCUGAGGGCAAGGACACAUCCAAGCCCAACAUCGUCAUGGGAGCUAAUGCUCAAGUUGCUCUUGAGAAGUUUGCUCGCUACUUCGAAGUCGAGGCUCGCAUUUUGCCUGUAACAGAAGACUCGUCCUAUCGGCUGGAUCCUGAGUUGGUGAAGAAAAACAUUGACGAAAACACCAUUGGCAUCUUCGUCAUUCUGGGCUCAACCUACACCGGUCACUACGAACCCGUGGAGGAAAUCUCCGAUAUCUUAGACGCCUUCGAGAAGGAAACCGGAAACGACAUCCCGAUCCAUGUUGACGGUGCAUCGGGAGCCUUCAUUGCUCCAUUCACUCACGCCAAGGCUGGCAAGAAGUGGAAUUUCGAACUACCUCGAGUCAAGUCGAUCAACGUGUCUGGCCACAAAUUUGGUUUGGUGUACGCUGGUGUGGGUUGGAUCAUCUGGCGAGACGAGAGCUACCUCCCCAAGCACUUGAUCUUCGAGCUGCACUACUUGGGUGGAACAGAAGAGUCGUACACUCUCAACUUCUCUCGUCCAGGCUCGCAGAUUCUUGCACAGUAUUACAAUUUGAUCCAUCUCGGAUUCAGCGGAUAUCGCAGCAUCAUGGAAAACAUGCUCGCCAACGCGAGGUUGUUGAGCAGAGCUUUGGAGCACACGGGUUGGUACCGCUGUGUCAGCGACAUCCACAGGAAGAAGGGUGACUUCAAGUUUGUGGAAGGACAAAAGCCGUACCUAGAGGGAGAGAACAGUGCCGACUACAAUGCCGGUCUACCUGUUGUAGCAUUCACCCUCACAGACGAAUUCCACAAGCAGUAUCCCCAUGUGAAGCAGGAGUCUGUCAGCAAUCUCCUGCGAGCCAAGCAAUACAUUAUCCCCAAUUAUCCGCUACCGCCCAACGAGGAGAAGACUGAGAUUCUUCGAGUGGUCGUACGCGAGAGCUUGUCUUUGGACAUGAUUGAUCGACUAGUCACCGACAUUUGCGCCAUCACAGAAACCCUGAUGAACACGGAUGCAGUUGAUCUUGCAGCGUGGCAGCCUUCCUCGUCUAGCGUCGAGAAGAAGCACGGAUCACAAGGAUUGACAUCGCAGCACAAGCACAAGGCUAAGCGACCUAUGAGUGAGGGUGUGCAUCGAACUGUAUGCUGA